AUGUCAUUUUACAGGAUGGAAGCAGUCAUUGAAGAUGCAUUUGUAGAAUGGAUUAACACUUUUGAGUGUAAAGCAUACGAGAUAGAUACAGUGAUAGAGUUGGCGGACGGUGUUAUACUAUCUCAAAUCCUCUUUGACAUAGAUCCAAAAUGGUUUAAAGAAAUCAAACCUACAGAAACCGCAUCCAACUGGGUCGUUCGGUUCAACAGCCAAAAAAAGCUUCAUAAAUCUAUCACUCGAUACUUUGAAGACAUCAUUGGGCAGGACUCAGAACUUCUUCCAACCGUCAACUUAACCGCCAUAGCAAAAGAUGCUGAUUUACACGAACUGCUUACUAUGUGUCAGCUUGUUAUCGCUAUUGCUGUACAGUCCGAUAAUAACAAACUCUAUAUUGAAAUGAUUCAAAGUCUAUCGCAAAAAAGUCAACACGCCUUGAUGGUGUCUAUCGAAGAAGUCAUGAAUCAUUUCAACACAGAAAACGAUUAUGCAGCGACAUCAUCAUCGAACCAUAGAAGAAAUAAUUUACAAUUAGAAGAUAUGCCAUAUCGAUAUCAGUUGGAGUUUGAGAAAAUCAUGCUUGAACGGAAACAGUUCGAACAGUCCCAUAAUCAACUAUUAUCUGAAUAUGAUGAUCUAAGAGAAAGAUUCGUAAAGUAA